GUUAACCUGCGACGGUCUGCGGCUGGCGAGCUGAGAGACGGUGCUGGCGGCUGGUGGAGUCGACUUCGGCUCGUCGGGUGCAGGCGUGUUGCGCCGCUGCUAAAAUGGAAAAGGCUGUUCCAUUCACCUACGCAUCGACCAGUGCCCAGCCCGGGUUAUCGUCCACCAUGCUGCGCAACUACAACAUGCAGGCGACGGUGGCGCUCCUGGCGGCGGGGCUGGUGAUGACUGCCGGCGGGGCGGCGGGCAGACACCGGGGGACGACCGUCAGACCGCACGGCGAGUUCGAGUGCCUGAGCAGCGCCGAGUGCGGCCCGGACCACUGCUGCACCGUCAGGCCGGACCGCUACAGCUACCCGUCCUGCCAGCUACUCGGCCAGGGCGGGGACACGUGCAGACCCUCCGCGCGGCCCUUCAACACCAGCCUCGCCUACCCGGACGGCCUGGUGGUCUCCGCCCAAGACGUGCACUACAUCAUGUGCGCGUGCGCGCCCGGGCUGGUGUGUCGCCGCGGCGUCUGCUCGGAGCAUCUGGCGCCGACCCGCUCCAACUCCCUCGAGGACUAGCCCUGCAACACGCCGCACAGCUUCACUGCACCUUAUUUAUUAGUCACUUCCGUGCCACGGGGCUCCUUGUGGAAGCACGAAUACGCCAUUUAUAUUCACCACUUUUAACGUGUUAAACGUUAAGGCACUGCAGAUAGUUUUUAAUCAAACACCUUGCGUCCAUGAGAUUUUAGUAAAACAAUUAUUUUUCCCUCUGAAUUCAACAAAACAUUUUUUUUUUCUUUUACUCCAACAAACAAUAUAAUAAUUUCUUACCUAUGCCACAACGAAGCUAAAUUUUAAGCAAUGUAUGGCAAAAUACUAUUAUAAAAACGUUGAAUCCAAAUUGGCGUAUUUCGUCAAGGUUCAUAAUCUGCCGAAGUAUCCACAGGAAUUUCGGAAUACAUACCCUAAAGAACUGACUUCAUCAAAAGCCAUAACCGGUUUUCUAGGCAAAAUACAACAUCCACACACAAAUUUAUGACAGUUAGAAGUUUUAAAAAUUAAAAGAUUAGCAGGGAACACGUUCUGUACUUUGUAUACAAGAUAAUAAAUACUUCCAUCGCGUUUGCAACGUGUUUGUGAAAGCUGAAGGGUUAGGUGGACUCAACGGUGGAAGAAUCCCCGUCUAGCUGCAAAGUAUGUAUUUAGGUUUGUGUUUCACAGUUACGUAGGCGACGGAAAAGAACCUGGCCGGACUUAACUGCAAAUGUGUGGGCCGAAACCACCGCUAGACCAGUCUGUACCACCGACGAUGUGACACUGCAGCACAGCAGAUAAUUCGUUCAGUACUUUUACUGUCUUUAAAUAUGGGGGAAUUUGGCUAGCAUCUGGAUUUAAUUUCAAUGAAGUAUUUGUAUAUUUAUGUAUUUAUAAGAGGUGAAAGGUAAGGUUUCUGAUUAUUUAAAACACUUGAGAAAUAGCACCCGUUCUGAUAAAAAUAGAAUGACAUUUUUUACAGAUGUCUUAUCUAUUAGUGCUCUUGGAGUACGGAUUCCUUCCAAAGACCUGCUUUUCAUAUUUCCAGUAACACAUCAGCCUCAGCUAUAAACACGGUUUUAGGGCUUUACAUGGUAUGGUGAUAUAUGUAUGUUUCAAACACGUAUACCUAUUACGUUUUCUCCCAUGGUGCAGAACUGUAGUUCACUUUAUUAUUGUUGUGCACCCUCUUGAUACAUAAAAAAUCGUUUGUUAAUGGGGUCUGAGAUAAAGUAGACGAAACAAAAACGCAAGUAACAUUGCACAGUAUCAAAGUCUAGUUUAUAUCACAAAUCCAUGAUUAUUUCGCGAAUUUAUUUCACUCCAGGUUAGAUUCAACUUGUUUAUAAAUAAUCAAGCCGUUUUUUUGAGUGCUCAUUGGUCAAUAAUAAGUAACACACAUCAUUUGACGGGUUAUGCGCAUGGGUAAACUAGCACAUAGUAGUCAAAGGCAUGUCAAAAGCACUGUAGUCCAAGAAAAAACGGGAAGCAGAUGUUUAUGUGCUUAAAGUCUAAUUUCCACUUAAUGAAUUCGCGAAAUCAUCAUGACUAUAGUUUAUUCUUAUCUAGCCUUCUAAGCCCUGUAAACUGAACCAUAUGGAAUUACUGUGUAAUAUAAAAUAUUCUGUAUAAAUUUUUUUCCUAAUAAACAAUUUAUUCCAUGUAAA